AUGUUUAGCAACUAUUACACGGUGAGGAAUCUAUCGCUACUAUCUAUCUAUCUAUCUAUCUAUCUAUCUGUCAGUCUGUGUUCGGGUGCGAUCAGUAUCUGCUCUUCACAACUGACCCAACCAAAAUCCAUCUAUCUUCUCGUUCCGCUUUACAUUGCAUCUCCAAAAGCCAACAUAUUUCCCGUUUCCCCGUCUCAAAACCUCGGUCCACAACGGAAACAGACAUUCUUCUUGAUUUCUUUUUCUCUUUCUUUGAUUUCUCGACAAGCCUCUCUUAGAAUCUUGAUUAUUUUUCUCGACUUUUUCACUGCACUCUUCAAAAUGUCUAUAUACAUAUAUGUUCUUCUUUUCUUUCUUUCUUUCAUUUUUCAUUUUCUUUCUUUAUUUCAUUCAUUUUUUCUUUUUCUUUCUUUCAUUUUCUUUCAUUUAUUUAUUUCUAUCUUUCACUUUCUCCCUUUUAUCAUUCUUUCAUUUUCUUUCAUUUUUUAUUCUUUUUUUCUUUCUCUCAUUUUUUCUUUCUUUCAUUUUCUUUCAUUUUUCUUUCUUUCCCUUUCUUUUAUCUUUCUUUCAUUUUCUUACUUUAUUUACUUCUUUUUUCUUUCUUUCAUUUUCUUACAUUUUUUCUCUCACUUUCUUUUUUCUUUCAUUUUCUUUUAUUUUCUUUCUUUUUCUUUCUUUCGUUUUCUUUCAUUUCUUUCUUUCUUUCACUUUCUUCAUUUUAUCUUUCUUUCAUUUUCUGUCAUUUUCUCUUUCUUUUUUCUUUCAUUUUCUUCUUUCUUUUUCUUUCAUUUUUCUUUCUUUGUUUCUUUCUCUUUCUUUCUUUUAUCUUUCUUUCAUUUUCUUUCUUUCUUUCAUUUUCCUUUUUCUUCUUUCAUUUUCUUUUUUUUUCUGUAUCUAUCUUUAUUUCUCUUCUCAUUUUAUUAUCAAUAUACUACUUCCCCUUCCUUCCUACAUUUACUCUUCCCCCUUUGUCAAGCUGACCUGGCUUGUAAAUGCAGUUACAUUCAUUUCCCCAUUUCCGAGUAUUUCUUCUUUUAUUUUCAAAUCAUUUUCUUCUUCUCCGUAUUCUUCUUCUUCUUCUUCUUCUUCUUCUUAUUAUUAUUAUUAUUAUUAUUAGUAUUAUUAUUAUUAUUUCCACUUUCUUUUUCUUCUUCCCACUUUCUUCUUCUUCUUCCCAUUUUUUCUUCUUCUUUCCACUUUCUUCUUUAUCAUUUUCUAUCCCACCAUCAUCAUCAUCUUCUUCAUCUUCUUCUUCUUCUUCUUCUUCUUCUUCUUCUUCUUCUUCUUCUAUCACUCCCUUCUUCUCCCCACUUUGUCCUUCUCCUUCUUCCCACUUUCUUCAUAUUAUUUCCACUUUCUUUUUCUUCUUCCCACUUUCUUCUUCUUCUUCGCAUUUUCGUCUUCUUUAUUCCACUUCCUUCUUCUUCUUCUUCUUCUUCUUCUUCUUUUUUCCAUUUUCUUCUUCUUCUUCCCUCCUCCUCUUCAUUCUUCUAA